CACCCAGAUACCCCAAAACCCGCCCGACGUCCCCGCCCCGGGUGGCGAUCGCUCCGCCCCUCCCGCCUCCACGCCCCCAGCUGCGGCGCGCACCGGCAGGGAGGCGCGGCCGCGAUGGCGCUGACGGCCGGCGACGCAGCCUACUUCCAGAGGGGAAGCCUGUUCUGGCUCACGGUCAUCACCGUUUCCUUUGGCUACUACACGUGGGUGGUCUUCUGGCCUCAGAGUAUCCCUUACCAGAGCCUCGGGCCCCUGGGCUCCUUCACUCAGUACCUGGCGGGCCACCAUCACACCCUCCUGCGCAAUGGAUACUGGCUUGCCUGGCUGAUUCACGCUGGAGAGUCCUUGUGCGCCAUCGUGCUGUGCAAGCACAAGGGAAUCACAGACCCCUGGGCGCGGCUGCUCUGGUUCCUGCAGACUUUCCUCUUUGGGGUGGCGUCUCUCUCCAUCCUGAUUGCCUACAGACCAAAGCGCCAAAAACGCACCUAAAGGAGCUGGCCCUUCCCACCUGGUCCAACCCUCUAGCUGCCCCUUUCCCCUGCCCACUCUCUGGCUAGCUUGAAUGGACCAGUGUCACUUACCGGAGAAACAAGGAACAACUGUGACUCUCCGUGUCCACAGAGCCACCCGUUAGGCAGCAGCUUUGGCACUUUGGUCCACAGGACUCUCCCAUCACCUGGGUAAAGGUGCACAUUAGAUUCGCUUGUUGGGGCACAUUGCUCCCCACCCUCACGGCCACCACUGUGCUCUCCUUUCCCAAAUGUUUUUACCUUUUUCUGGACCAAGUGACCUGCACACAACAUAUCAGUCCCCAGCCCUUGAUUACACACCACUGAGGCAGUACUCUCAUCUGCUCAGACUGCAGAGAAAGCUAAAGAAGCAGGUGUCUGGCAGGGGGCCGGCAGCACGGAGCCCCAGGGACGUGCUGGAUGCAGGAGCAGAUGCUGCCUGCCGGAAGAAAUCCGUCCCUGCCUGUGGCCCCUGGGACAGAGCACUGGGUAGUAGCAGCAUCUGGUCACAGUUAGAUUGUCCUCUACUGCAGGGCCGCACAGCAGACCCUGUGAAGUUUUCCCAACAGGUGUCCUGUGUCCCACCAGCGCUGGAACUCCUUCCAUGUCGCUCAACAGAGGAAGGACACAGAUCUGGCUUUCUACCUCUCUGACAUUCCAGUUUUACACUGAAACUGUCCAAGUCAGUGUCCCCUCAU